AUGAAGUAUCCAGUUCUAUUUGCUAGUUUAGCCUCCACGGCUUCGGCAACAAUUUUUUACGCCGGUGUCGCGGAGUCUGGUGGCGAAUUUGGUGUCUGGAGCGCCGAUGCUAAGAAGGGUACCGGCUUACCAGGGACAUUUGGCGUCGACUACCAAUUCAUCAACAAGGCUGGUAUUGAUGUUCAUGUGGAUGAGAACCACCUCAAUCUCUUUCGUAUAGCCUUCCUACUCGAGCGAAUGGCCCCUGUUGCGACUGGCCUCGGCAAGACUUUUAACGAGACCCAUUUCGAUUACUUCAAGGAGGCAGUCGAUUACGUGACAGUUACUAAGGGUGCGUAUGCGAUCUUGGAUCCGCACAACUACAUGCGCUACAACGACCCGAGCUCGCAACCGUAUAGCGGCAGCGUGAUUGGUAACACUUCGGAUUCUACCGCCGCUACGACGGAGCAGUUCGGAGAAUUCUGGGGCGAGUUAGCCAGCCGCUUUGCGGAUAACGAGAAAGUCAUCUUUGGGCUUAUGAACGAACCGCAUGACAUGGAGACCAGCCUUGUGGUCAAGAAUAACCAAGCUGCCAUAGAUGCCAUUCGUGCCGCCAAUGCGAAUAACUUGAUCAUCCUACCGGGUAACAGCUGGACAGGGGGCCACGCCUGGACUCAAGGUCCGGAUCCGAACAGCGCGAUCAUUCACCAAUUUACCGAUCCGCUUAACAACACGGCGAUCGAUAUCCAUGAAUACCUUGACGUAGACUAUAGUGGCAGCCAUAGCGAAUGCGUCAGCGACCCAGCGACUAAUUUGGCGGAUGUCACGAAAUGGCUAAAGGAGCACAAUCUCAAGGCCUUUAUUACUGAAUUCGGUGGGCACAAUAAUACAGGAUGCGCCGAUAUGCUGACCGACUUCGUCAAUUACCUAGCGGACAAUGAGGAGUACAUCGGCUGGACAGCGUGGGCGGCGGGCCCAUUUUGGGGAUCCGCCAGUCCCUGCUGCACUGACUCCCAAAACUACGGCAGUUUCGAGCCUGGUAGCAAGGCCGCCGAUGGCGGCCCGAGUCUGUAUGAUACUAUCUGGCUUAAGGUAUUGCAGCCACUUGUACCGAGCAAGCUUCAGUGGAAGGGAAAAGCAAGUGUUGAGGGAGGUGAUUUGACCGAGUUCCCGGCUUAA